UCCUGCCGCACAUGGCCUGGUAAAUUUUAGAUCGCAUAAUUAAAUCCUUUCUUCCUCCUUCGAUCUCUCUUCGUGUUGGGAAAGAGAUAUCAAUAUGGCAGAAACGAUGGACAACCUUGCUGCGCCCAACGCCUAUGCCCGCGCUUCGGAAACAGCUGACUAUGUACGCUCAAAACUCCCGGAAGCACUUCAGAAGCCAAAGGUCGCUAUCGUGUGCGGUUCUGGGCUUGGUGGUCUUGUCGACACUAUCGACGCGGAGCAUAAAGUCGAGCUCGCAUAUUCGACCAUCCCCAAUUUUCCACGGAGCACAGUCCAAGGCCAUGCCGGAAACUUUGUGUUUGGCACGAUAGGUCCGCAGAAGACCCCAGUCGCGCUGUUGGUUGGACGAGCACACUUCUACGAAGGUCACACGAUGGAUCUGGUUACGUUCGCUACACGUGUGUGCAAGCUGCUCGAAGUCGACACGAUGAUAGUCACAAAUGCAGCGGGAGGCCUGAACGAGAACUACGAGGUCGGCGACAUCGUCUGCUUAAACGAUCAUUUGAACCUUGCUGGUCUAGUCGGUGUUCAUCCCCUACGAGGACCCAAUAUCGACGAGUUCGGUGUGAGGUUCCCUCCGCUAAGUGAUGCAUAUGACCUGGACCUUCGACGGAGGACGCACCAAGCGUGGAAGAAGCUUGGACUAGACCAGCAGAAGAGGAAGCUCCACGAAGGCGUUUACGCUUUCGUGGGCGGACCCAGCUACGAGACCAGAGCAGAGUGCAGAAUGUUGCGGAUUCUGGGCGCUGACGUUGUGGGUAUGUCAACGGUACCAGAGAUCAUCGUCGCCCGGCAUGCGGGUGUUCGCGUACUAGCCUUCAGUUUAGUGACCAAUAAGGCGGUCCUCGAUGCAGGAUCGCGCGGUAACGACCAAGCAAUCCAUGCGAUGAGCAAGUCAGAGCUUGAAGAGCAUCUGAACAAGGGGAAGGCGAACCAUCAGGAGGUUCUUGACGCCGGGCGGGAAGCGGCGAAAGAUAUGCAGGCUUUGGUGAAGCAGAUACUAUCAGACCUUUACUAGGACUGAUCUGUCACCCAAUUAGAAACCAACUCGCGCGUAAUGGCUCGUGGUUCAGCAUGCUGUAUAUAGCAUCCAUGUGUAGACUUGGAUCACCAACAGAAAACAACAGAAAAGGUGCGAGUGAGACUCAAAGUCUUCUUCUCGCCAGUGUUC